UGAAGACUCUCUCACACACACAUGCACUUCUUGGCUGCCUGAUUGGGACUCAUCACCUCUGAAAUGCUGGUUCUGGGCAUCGGUCUGGCGGUGCUGGGCUGGAUCGGGAACAUCCUGAUCUGCAUGCUGCCCAUGUGGAAGGUGUCGGCCUUCAUCGGCAACAACAUCGUGGUGGCGCAGGCCAUCUGGGAGGGUCUGUGGAUGACCUGCGUGGUGCAGAGCACGGGCCAGAUGCAGUGCAAGGUCUACGACUCCCUGCUGGCGCUGCCGCCGGACCUCCAGGCGGCCCGCGCCAUGGUGGUCAUCGGCAUCCUCUUCGCGCUCUUCGGCCUGCUGCUGUCGGUGGUGGGGGGCAAGUGCACCACCUGCGUGGAGGACAAGGCGGCCAAAGCCCGGGUGGCCAUCGCCGCCGGCGUCUUCUUCCUGCUGAGCGGCGCCCUGUGCCUGGUGACCGUGUCGCUGCCCGCCAACACCAUCAUCAAGGACUUCUACAACCCGGCCGUGCCCGACGCCCAGAGGAGGGAGCUGGGGGCCUGCCUCUACGUGGGCUGGGGGGCUUCUGGACUGCUCCUGAUCGGGGGCGCCCUCCUGUGCUGCCAGUGCCCGCCGCCGUCAGGAGGCCACCGCUACGGCGCCGCCAAAUACUCGGCCCCCAAACCCAGCAGCCCGGCCAAGGAAUUUGUGUGAAGGAGUUUCUUUGUGACUAACCAGACCAGGUCUGUUCAUGUAAAAGUCUUUUUAACACCUCUCUGUCCUAAAC